GAAGAACAAUUUUUCGCUUAUUUAACACACUUUGCACAAUUUUUUUCUCGAACAAUUCAUCAAAAUUUAACUGUAUGGGAUUUUCAGGAAGUAACGCUUGGUCCAUGGCCGCAUCUUGUCUAUCGGACGAUUGGCGGCAUGCUCGACAUCACAUUCUUUCCCGGCCCGAAGCCAGAGGAUGUCAUUAAGCAGUAUCUCACUUUCAUCGGAAAGCCCUAUCUCCCGGCUUAUUUUGCAUUCGGCUUCCAGCUUUGUCGCUUUGGAUAUACUGGUCUGGAUGAAAUGAAAGCGGUGGUGAGCAGAGUACAAAAAGUUGGUGUACCACUUGAUGUUGUAUAUGCGGAUAUCGAUUAUAUGGAACGAUACACCGAUUUCACCGUUGGAAAAGUGCGUGAACUACGUGAAAUUUUGCAUCAAUUGAAAUCCGAGAACCAGUCAGUAGAUCAUCUGUAA